AUGACAGAAUUAAGUUCAAAUAUAGAUCCGAAAUUAUCAGGUACUGUAAUAGCACAAUUACGAUCUAAACACAUUUGUACCGUUAGUCAAUUUAUAAUUGAGAAUUCUGAAAAAUUGGCAACCUUUUCAGGACUUUCACUUAAGGAUAUACUUAAUCUUAAACGAAAUAUUUUAAGAAAAUGUGGAGGUGUAAUCAGAUGUGCCUCUGAUUUACUUAGUGUAGAACUGAGCAAUAUAAUUUGCAGUGAUUUAGAAAGUUUAGAUAACUUGUUGAAAGGUGGUUUUUAUCCUGGUCAAAUAUAUGAAGUAUGUGGUAUAUCUUCAAGUGGAAAAACACAGUUGUGUUUAACAAUUGCAAGUAACAUUGCCCUUAGACCCAAUAGUCUUGUACACUAUAUUGAUACAAAAAAAGAUUUUUGUGGUUCAAGAAUAAAUCAAAUUCUAUUAAGAAAAAAUUGCAGUAAGCAGGUUAUAGAUGAAGCUAUGGAACGAAUCAGAGUAUGCAAUGUGCAAAGUUUGCAUCAACUUUUUAAAGUGUUACAUUGGUUAACAGUUGCCUUAAAAGAAGAAAUGGGAGAAUGCCGUACAAGGAUUAUAAUUAUUGAUUCUUUGCCAGCAAUAAUUUUUAAAUUCACUAAUGAUCAUACAAUAACAACUACAUUGAACCAUUUAGCAAAUAUAUGCCACUUUAUAGCUAAUGAAUUUAAUUUAUCAAUUAUUACUAUUAAUUUGAUUACUCAGUGGAAUCCGGUCACUGAAAAUGAAUCAAACACCAUAAGUGCAAAUAAAAGUCAUAAUGAUGCAGUUCCAACAUUAGGAAAGUAUUGGUUGGGUGUUCCAAAUACAAGAUUAUUAAUGAAAAAAAUAGGAUUAGACAAGAGAAUGAUUUCUAUAUGGCACAGCUUUCAAUUAGAAAGAAAUCUUGCAUGCAUAUUAAGUAUAAGUGAUUGUGGCAUGUUAUGUUCACAAUAA